AUGGAUUCAAAGGUCAUGAAGGCCUUCGAUGGCGUCAUCCUCGCUGCCCCGCCGGAAAAGAGGUCAGAAGUCAAAAAGGCCACGAUAGGACAUGCUGCAACUAUUGGCCUCCGUCUUUUUAAGGCCCAGCAAACAGGAGAUGAGAAGGAAGCUGUUACCAUGGCUCGUAUUUAUGAGAUAGUUGCUGACCAGAUAAUUGCGGCCCCGCCAUCUGCAAAGUUUCACACGAUGGAAAGCGUCUUCCCUGUAGCAGAUAACCCAGAUCUAAUAAAAUGCCCCGAUACCAACAAUUCAUACUGUGAGACAAUCUCAAAAAUUAAGAAGGCCUCAGAAGAAGUUUUAUCCGCUGCCGGACCAGCAAAAGAGUCAGAAACUAAAGAUGCAACACAAGAGCAGCUCUCGGCUGCUAACACAGCAAUCAACAAGGCGUAUGCAAAUGUAGAUGACAGGGGAAUUGCAGGUAUUCUUGCUGCGUACAGCAAGGCUGCAGAUGCGGUCAUUGCUGCUGCACCUACUCAGAAGUUGAAAGUAAUGAAAGAGACCUUUACGGCAGCUGCCAAGGCAAAUUUCCACCCACAACCACAUUGAAGAUCUCCACUUCCAAGACUACGAGGCAAGGCCAUGCCAAGUGGCACUCUUUGGCUCAAAAGACUACUUAAAGACUGAUUUGAAAUUACUUAAUAUUUGCAUGUAUGUGACUACAAAUGUCCUUGUCACAUUCUUUUUUUUCUACUUUCUAUGUUUUCUUUGAUUUUAGAAAAUGUUCAAGUCUAUGAGAUUGAAUGCAUGUUUGUACUGUUAACUUAAGAUGCAAACAACAAGCUCAUAC